CCGCUUCCCAGCGCAGUCGCCAGCCGCCACCAUCACCGCCGCCGCAGCUUGCUGGCGAGCCCCACCGGCCCGCGUCACCAGUCUGCGCGCUCCCUGCACCUCCCCGCUGCAGCAGCCCGAGAAAGCGAAAGCCAGGCGGCCCCGGCACCCGCGAUCGCGCCGCCUCUGUGCUCCGAGAGCGGUGCUCUCCCCGUGCCUACUCCAGGGCUGUGCGCACCGCGCGGGCGGCGGCUGAACCGGCGUGGGGAGGGUGCGGGAGCCGCAAGGCCCCGGGCUUUGGGCGGCUGCUGCUCGGCCUUGGCGGAGGCUCCUUCCAGCUCGCCGUUCGGUCGCGGGCCUGGCCCGUGAGCCGCGCACAGUAUGGGCAGAUGCUGCUUCUACACGGCAGGGACGCUGUCUCUGCUGCUGCUAGUGACCAGUGUCACGCUGCUAGUGGCUCGAGUCUUUCAGAAGGCGGUGGACCAGACGAUCGAGAAGAAUAUGGUAUUACAAAACGGCACCAAGGUCUUUGAUUCCUGGGAGAAGCCUCCACUACCUGUGUACAUCCAGUUUUAUUUCUUCAAUGUCACCAACCCUGAGGAGAUCCUCCGAGGAGAAAUCCCCCUGCUAGAAGAAGUGGGGCCAUACACCUACAGAGAGCUCCGGAACAAGGCGAACAUUCAGUUCGGAGAAAACGGAACAACUAUAUCUGCUGUCACCAAUAAGGCAUAUGUUUUCGAACGAAACCAGUCUGUUGGAGACCCUAAGGUUGACUUGAUUAGAACAAUAAAUAUUCCUCUGUUGACUGUUGUGGAUCUGGCCCAGCUGCCCUUCCUCAGGGAGAUCAUCGAGGCCAUGCUGAAAGCUUACCAGCAGACGCUGUUCGUGACUCACUCUGUACAUGAGCUGCUCUGGGGUUACAAAGACGAGAUCUUGUCUCUCGUCCAUAUUUUCAGGCCUGAAAUCUCCCCUAAUUUUGGCCUGUUCUAUGGGAGAAAUGGAACUAAUGACGGGGAGUAUGUUUUUCUGACUGGAGAAGACAAUUACCUUAACUUUACAAAAAUUGUGGAGUGGAAUGGGAAAACGUCGCUGGACUGGUGGACCACAGACACGUGCAACAUGAUUAACGGGACAGAUGGAGAUUCUUUUCACCCAUUGUUAAGCAAGGAUGAGGUCCUAUACAUCUUCCCAUCUGAUUUCUGCAGAUCAGUAUAUAUCACUUUCAGUGGCUUUGAGAACGUAGAAGGACUGCCUGCUUUUCGGUAUAAGGUGCCUGCAGAAAUCCUAGCCAACACCUCCGAAAAUGCUGGCUUCUGCAUACCUGAGGGAAACUGCAUGGACUCAGGAGUGUUGAAUGUCAGCAUCUGUAAGAACGGUGCGCCCAUUAUCAUGUCCUUCCCACACUUUUACCAAGCCGACGAGAAGUUCGUUUCCGCCAUAAAGGGCAUGCGCCCCAACAAGGAAGAACACGAAUCAUUUGUAGACAUCAAUCCUUUGACCGGCGUUAUUUUAAGAGGGGCCAAGAGAUUCCAGAUCAACACUUAUGUUAGGAAACUGGAUGACUUUGUGGAAACGGGAGACAUUAGGACUAUGGUUUUCCCAGUGAUGUAUCUCAAUGAGAGUGUUAUCAUUGACAAAGAAACUGCAAGACAACUUAAGUCUGUGAUCAACACAACUUUGGUUGUCACCAACAUACCGUACAUCAUCAUGGCACUGGGCGUGUUCCUUGGCUUGGUUUUCACAUGGCUGGCGUGUCGAGGACAGGGGUCUAUGGAUGAGGGAACUGCGGAUGAAAGAGCACCCCUCAUACGAACCUAGUGGGACUUACCUGGUGCCUGAGCUUGGUGAGAGAGAAUGUGAGAACUGCCCCGACCUGGAUCAGGACAGGGGAAACCCUGCAUCCUCACGGGCUCCUGGCCUGUCAAGAAGGAAGCGAGGACACCCUCCUGGUCAGAGGGAAAUGAGCAGGGCGACAUGGCUAGCAAUUAUGCUCUAUCAAAUCAUGUCUCUAAAACUGUGUUCAUGUGUCUAGGAAGUAUUUAAUAAACUUGUGUAGAAACCUUUUGUGGUUAGGCUCUGGGAGCUGAGGGGAUUCCGUGACCCCCGUUGUAGAUACAAUGUCUGAGUCACUUGUUAAUGUUACUUGGCCAGACCGGAUUCAGUAUGCUUCAUUCUCCAAACUUUGUAUUCAAAACAUGUAUGUGUUUCUGAUGUUCCCUAUUUACCUCCUUACACAGAAAGAUGUAGUACCCAGGGUAGACUGAGAGCUUCAUACAAUGUACUGAGAGCAAAUGAGUCUGAUUUCAUUCUCUAAAACAUUACAUUCUGCAUCUCGCUCUAAUCUUCAGGAAAAUAACUCAACUCUUUUGACCGUUUUAUAGUGUGUAGGAAUUCAAGUUGGGGAAGAGGUGGUGUGGGUGGUAUCUAUAAGUAGACAGCAUUGAGCUCCUGAGGAUUUUUUGUUGUGCUUUUGUGAAGCAAGAGUUUGCACCGGGAAUGUUGGUGAGGGUAAGACAGAUAUUUCACUUAGAAUAGACUUCAAUGUUAAUUAUGGCAUCUAUGGGCUAACAGUCAUUUUUAGACAAAAAUGUCUGGAUCUAGAAUGUGCUGCUGAGAGAACAGAAUGAAUGACGUCUACCCCACAGGCAUCUCUGCCAUGUAGGACAGUGACACGGAAUGACAGCGUCUGCAGAUAUUGAGGGGUCAUUUGUAAAAUGACAGAUGAUGGAAGUCCAUCUGCCUAUAGCUCACAUCACAGACAGAUCCAGGAAGUCUGCACAGGUUAGAGAGGCAUCUCUUCUGGACCCAGCUGGUGUUUUGUGGCUCCCUGUCACUAAGUGCCCUCUGCGUCCUGUGACAAUCAUUUUUCUGACAGAGCGACAAGUGUUAGACUGCUAGACAGAAGGCACUUCAGAUAAGGGGUCCUGACAAGACGCCACGCUGCUUCUCUCUGGAAGGCAAUGGCUUCAGUGUAUGAAUAAGGAUAUUAGUGUCACAACUGUCAGACCUCAGCUGUCCUGGAGAGCAGUGUUCAUGAUUCUCAGAGUCCACCAUUUUGGGUUUUUUGGUUUGGUUUUGUUUUAGGGGUUUUUUUUAUUUUUUUUAUUUUUUAUUUUUUUGUGGUUUUUCAAGAAAGGGUUUCUCUGUGUAGCCCCGGAACUCGCUCUGUAGACCAGACUGGCCUCAAACUCACAGAGAUCUGACAGCCUCUGCCUCCUGAGUGCUGGGAUUAAAGGCUUACAUGAUUGGUUUUUUUUUUUUUUUUCAA